UGUCGCCCCCGGAAGAAGCGGAGCGAGGCCGCGGGACCGACGCCGGCUUGGCCGCGGCGGACGCGCCGGCGAUUUCUUGACUCGGCGCCGCGCAACUUAUCAGCCUCGCGGUGGCCUCGGCCUGACUCGACGCGCGCCUCGAAUCACCAGAAGAAGCGCCAACGCACCUGCUUCCUCUUCCCCAUCAACCCCCGCCACAUACAACACCAUGGCCCCCUCUGCUGCUCCCGCUGCGGCCCAGUCCGCCGCCGCGUCUGCCAACGGCACGGCCAACGCCGCCGGCUUCGCUGGCUUCGCCAAGGCGCAGCCCGGCUCGUCGGCGCGCGCGGCCGGUGCGAACCUCGACGUGGCGGCGAUGCUCUCCGAGGCCGCUCGCACGCGCCCGCCGUCGGCGAUCCGCUCCCUCUUCCCCGCAGAGCUGCUGCCCGGCAUGCUCUCGUUCCUUGCCGGCAAGCCGAACCCGCAGACGUUCCCGCUCAGCGCCAUCACCCUCACCGUCGCGCCCGCGCCCGGCGCCAGCGCGCCCGUCGACGUGCCCAUCAGCGGCGCCGCACUGGCCGCCGGCAUGCAGUACGGCCCCACCAACGGCAUCCGCGAGCUCAACGAGUGGCUCGUCAAGUGGCAGGAGCGCAUCCAUCGCCGCGCCUGCCCGGCUGUCGGCACCACAGCGCGCCCCGGCGCCGGCAAUUGGCGCGUGACCAUCGGACAGGGCAGCCAGGACCUGCUCACCAAGACCUUCACCGCCCUGCUGAAUCCCGGUGACAGUGCUCUGAUUGAGAGUCCCGCAUACACCGGAAUUCUGCCACAGCUGAGCACGCUUAAGGCGAACCUGGCGCCUGUCGCCUCUGAUGCAGAGGGCAUGUGCCCCAAGUCGCUGCGCUCCAUCCUCGCGAGCUGGCACACGUCGCCGGCAACGCGCUCGCAUCCGUUCCCCAAGUUCGUCUACACGACGCCCACCGGCGCGAAUCCGGCGGGCACCACGGCCAGCGAGCAGCGGAAGCGCGAGGUGCUGGCGGUGGUCCGCGAGUACGGCGUACUGCUGCUCGAGGACGACCCAUACAUCUUCCUUGGCUUCGAGGGCCUGGGCGAAGACCCGGUGACGAGAGACCGUGGGCGCAGCUACUUCAGCCUCGAGACGGACGGGCGUGAGCAGGCCGGCGAUGGCUUUGUGGCACGUUUCGACAGCUUCUCCAAGAUCAUCGGCGGCGGCCUGCGCAUCGGCGUGCUCACCGGGCCGACGGCCCUCGUUGAUGCUGUGGACCUCGACACGUCCUCGGCCAACCUGCAGCCGAGCGGUGUUGCGCAGGCUAUCCUCCUCGCCCUGCUCCAGCACUGGGGCCAGGACGGUCUGCUGCAGCACGUCGAUCGCGUCGCGUCCUUCUACCGCGACCGGCGCGACGCAUUCGAGCAGCACGCGCACGCGAUCCUUGGCAGUCAGGGCGGCCAGAAGGCGGUGGCCGAGUGGGUCAAGCCCGUUGCAGGCAUGUUCCUGUGGCUGCGGCUCAAGCUGCCGCCGGCAGAGGGCGCGCCGGACGGCGACUCAUUCGCGCUCAUCUCGGAGAAGGCCAAGGCAGCCGGCGUGCUCGCCGUGCCCGGCGUGGCAUUCAUGCCCGACGGCUCAAAGACGCCGUACGUGCGGACAAGCUUCAGCAUCAUCGACGAGAAGGAUGUCGCGGAGGCCAUGCGGCGGCUGCGCUCCGUCGUCGAGAACGCGUGGGCCGAGCAGGGCCUCGAGCUUCCAUAGACAGCGCGCGCGGCGGACUGCAAUAGACGUGCAUGUGACAUUACCAGCGCUGUGCCGAAGCGUGAUGCAGAGCGGUGCUACGCCUGCUGCAGCAAGAGCCACCACAGGAGCACCGGCCAGAGUACAGAGAGAGCAU